CGUAUGGGAUGUUUUAAAUUGUGUUUUUUUAUUGUUAUUUUAUUCUGCAUGUAAAGCACCAUGUGUUGCAUUUUAUAUUGUAUGAUUUGGCGCUAUACAAAUAAAUAAAGUUUAAGUUUAAGAUCAUCCAUUCCGACUCCUCCAACCCAAAGGCUCUCUUCUCCACAAUCAACAAACUUCUCAAACCCAGUGACAACAUCUCCAACUCCUUCACAGUCUCUAAGUGCAACGACUUCCUCUCAUUUUUUCAAUCCAAAAUCCAGACCAUCUACAGUAACAUCCUCCUCUCCCGCCUGGAAUCAUCUCUCUACAUCACCGGAUCCGCCCUCUCCUGGUUAAAAUCCUAUCUCACCAACAGACAUCAAUUCAUCAGCAUCAACAACUGCUCCUCCUCCACUGCCCCUCUGUCACAAGGCGUCCCCCAGGGUUCGGUGCUUGGUCCUCUACUCUUCAUCCUCUACAUGCUCCCCCUUGGCAACAUCAUCCGCCGCCACCGCCUCCACUUCCACUGCUACGCCGACGACGUCCAGCUGUACAUCUCCACCAAAUCCCUCACCUCUGCAACCCACUCUACCCUGACCAACUGCCUCGCCGAAAUCAAGUCAUGGAUGCACUCGAACUUCCUCCAACUCAACUACAACAAAUCGGACAUGCUCAUCAUCGGCCCAAAAUCCCUCACCAAAACCGCUCACAACUUCACCCUCACCAUGGACAACUCCAUUCUGUCUCCCUCCACUCACAUCCGCAACCUCGGAGUUAUCCUGGACAGUAACCUCUCCUUCCAACACCAUGUCAACCACAUCACAAGGACUGCUUUCUUCCACCUGAAAAAUAUUGCCCGUCUCCGUCCAUCACUCUCCUUCUCUACCGCUGAAACCUUGAUCCACGCCUUCAUCACUUCAAGACUCGACUACUGCAAUAGCAUCCUCUACGGUUCAACUUCCAAGGUCCUCAAUAAACUCCAAUAUAUUCAAAACUCUGCCGCCCGCCUGCUCACCCACACCCGCUCCAGAGACCACAUCACCCCAGUCCUUCAGAAGCUCCACUGGCUCCCCAUCCCUCAACGGAUCCACUUCAAAAUCCUUCUCCUCACCCACAAAGCCCUCCACAACCAGGCCCCCUGCUACCUCACCGACCUGCUCCACCGCUACACUCCCUCCCGCAGCCUCCGCCCCUCUGACGCCAACCUCCUGUCCCUUCCAGUCAGAACCAAGCACCGGACCUGGGGCGACAGGGCCUUCUCCAUCGCUGCACCCACCCUCUGGAACUCCCUCCCCAAAAACAUCCGUGACUGUACAGACCUCCCAGCAUUCAAAUCCCAUCUCAAAACUCACCUUUACAGAACUGCUUUUAAUGUGUGAUUAAUGUCCUGUCUCAUGUUGUGUCCUUUUGUACUGUCCUGUGUAAUUGUAAUUUGUAUUAUGUGUUUUGUUUUAAUGUAAAGCGUCUUUGAGUGCCCAGAAAAGCGCUAUAUAAAUAAAAUGUAUUAUUAUUAUUAUUAAAGAGAAGAACCGUGUCAUUCUUCAUCAGAAACAUUACAUCGAAGCCAUACUGAAGAAAUAUGGAAUGGAUAAUGCAAAUCCUGUGGCAACUCCUGCUGAUGGCAAUGUCAAGCUGAAGAAAAGUGAUGGUGUCAGCAAGCCAGUGGACCAGCAUACCUAUCAGUCAAUGGUGGGAAGUCUGCUGUAUGCUGCAAUGGCCACUCGACCAGACAUAGCUCAAGCAAUGCUGACUGGGCUGGAGAUCAGGAUGACCGCCGCUCAACAACAGGCAACGUCUUUCUACUGAGUGGAGGAGCAGUGAGCUGGCUCAGCAAGAAGCAAGCAACAGUUGCACUUUCAACUGCAGAAGCGGAGUACAUCGCACUCAGUCAAGCAGCACAAGAAGGAAUCUGGCUGAAAAGAUUACUGAGUGAUCUCGGGGUGGAAGCUAUGUCCACAUUGAUCCUGGAAGACAACCAAGGAGCAAUCGCAAAGAAUCCUGUGAACCACUCCAGGACCAAACACAUAGACAUUCGCUACCACUACAUCCGUGAAUGUGUACAGAAUGGACAAAUAGAACUGCAGUAUUGUCCUACAAAUGACAUGAAAGCGGAUAUCUUUACCAAACCACUGCCUAAACAGAAGUUUGAAUACCUCAGGGGAGAGAUUGGACUUUUCCCUGUUUAACUUUUGAGUGCAUAUGUGUGCUUGACAGGUGUACGCCGAACGCUGCAUGAUCAAUGAAAAAUUUAAAAAAGAAAAGUAAAAAGAGUUCCAGAUAAAACAUUGUAAACAAACCAAAUAGUUUCAGUGAACACAAUGUGAGAGAAAUGUUUUUUGUUGUUGUUUGACAUUAUUUUGUGAAUGAGAGCAAGGCUCUGUAAUAUUAUUCAAAGGAACUUAAUGUUAUUGAAAAACUAAGUGGGAGUGUUGUGAUGCAAUAGUUUUCAAUAGUUUUCUCCAUUAGAUGGCACAGUUUGACUAUUUAUUGAUACUGCCUCUACUGACUGCGUUAGUGACUGUUUUAGAGAAGAAAGAAAAGUUUACAGUGCUUCCUGUUUUUUUAUUGCGUACCCUGUUGAUGUGUGCGCACGCAUGGUGAAUAAAAGCUCUGCAACACACCCGGCCCCGGAGCACCCGGCCCCGGAGC